UAUAUAAGCUAUCGUAAAUAAGGCCGCUGAUUCAAUCGUAGAUUAGAGUUGGUGUAAGAACGUGCAGAAUGCAGUCGUUGGAACGAAGCGCGAUGCGUUCUUUGAUAACGGUGGUGUUUUUUAUUGCCAUUGCACUGGUUUGCGAAGGAUUUGACAUUACCCUCCAGCAUGGUAUUCUCCACGGAGAAGAAGAAGAAAAUAACGUCAUAAAUCUUAAAAUUAUGCGAAAUGAAUCAGAAACCAUGAUGACCAGCAUUCUUUAUGCAUCGACUUCAUUGACUAUGCAGCAAAGUUCUUCCGUGAUCGAGCAAAAUGGUGAUAAAAACAAAGUGUCCACGGAAUCAAUUGUAUAUACUGAUUUUAAUUACGAUGACGACACUAGCCUAACCGUCACGAUAACUCGAAAAAUAUUUAACGAUCCUGCCGGCGAAAUUAUUGAUUGUUUUGAGUUUGAUGACGACACACAAUGGUUCGGUGGACCGCAGCAUCGCUAUCAAUACUGGCCUGUGCAAGAUAUGGUCUUUGAGGAAGAACCAUAUCUGCCGACGCAUCCUCAAAACAUGGCAAUAACCGAACGUUACUGGCUGUCCAGCAAAGGCAUCUUCAUCUACGUGAACGAAACAAGCCCGCUGUUUCUCGAUCAAAACAAUUAUCGGGAUAAACACCUGUGUUUAAUCGCCAAGAAGAAGGCACCCUAUCAGCAUGAAGACUUCGAGCUCGUUUACACGAUAGGUAUCUUUCCGGAUCCAAAAGCCGCUCAUCAGUACGCGGUGAAAAACUUCUUGGGUCGACCUCAGAAGUACCCCGAUGAACAGAUGAUUCGGUAUCCCAUAUGGUCCACCUGGGCGAGGUACAAGGUCAACGUUAGCGAGAAAGUGGUGGAAUCGUACGCGGAUCAGAUUAAGGCUAAUGGAUUCAAAAACAGCCAGAUCGAGAUUGACGACAACUGGGAGACUUGCUACGGCUCCGCUGAGUUCGAUCUCGUCAAGUUUCCUAACAUCAGCGCUCUCGUGGAGCGAUUGAAGACAGAAAAGGGCAUCAAUCGUGUCACUCUAUGGAUACAUCCGUUCAUCAAUCAGGAAUGCAAACCGGCGUACGACAACGCGCUGGAAAAGUCGUAUUUCGUCAAAAAUACCAACGGAAGUGUCAAGAUGACGUGGUGGCAGGGUAAGGAGGCUGCUGCGAUCGACUUCACGAAUCCAGCGGCAGUAACGUGGUGGGUAGAGCGAUUAGAGAAGCUUCUGAGUCUUGGGAUCGACAGUUUUAAAUUUGAUGCCGGCGAGGUGUCCUGGUUACCGCAAGUGCCUAAGUUGAACGGUUCGCUUGACGUCCAGCCGGGUAUAUACACGAAACAAUACGUUAACACGCUCGCAACGAACUUUAACGAUAGUAUUGAAGUACGAGUAGGAUGGCGCAGUCAGGAAUUACCCAUAUUCGUUCGUAUGAUCGAUAAGGAUUCCAGGUGGACAUGGAACAAUGGCCUGCCUACGCUGAUCACGACGCUGCUGCAGAUGAAUCUCAAUGGAUAUGUCUAUGUGCUGCCAGACAUGAUUGGUGGUAAUGGUUAUCUGGAUGGUUCGCUCAAUGGCACGGAAUUUCCAUCCAAAGAAUUGUUUAUCAGAUGGCUGCAGGCCAACGUUUUCAUGCCAUCAUUGCAGUAUUCCUUUGUGCCAUGGGAUUACGACAAUGAAACUAUCAAAAUCUGCAAACGUUAUACUGAAAUGCACGAUCAAUACACGGAAGAAAUUUUAUGCGCCAUGAAAGAAGCUAUUGAUAAAGGCACUCCUGUAAAUCCACCUAUUUGGUGGCUUGAUCCAACUGAUACUGAAGCUCACAAGAUUAAUGACGAAUAUCUCCUUGGAGAAGAUAUAUUGGUUGCUCCGAUAGUCGAAAGGAGUUUGACUAAGCGUGAUAUCUAUCUACCUAGUGGAGAAUGGAAAGAUAUGAAUAAAGAAAACACCAUCUACAUGGGACCAGGAUGGCUAAAAGAUUAUUCUGUUCCUAUAGACAUUCUUCCAUAUUUUAAGAAAAUAAAGAAUUAAAGAAUUAAAACAUUUUGAUAUAAAAUAUUUAUUUGUAUAAAUGUAUAUAAAUCUUGCAAUAUUUAACAUGAUAUAUAUUUUUUUGCAUUUUCAUAUUGUAUGUUUUUCUUUUCGUGUACAAAGAUUGAAUGCCACUUGAAAAAAGCUAGGCUAGGAAAUAAAUUCUCUAUCAUCAUCA